AUCACUUACAAGUACCACAUUUAUCUCAAACCAACUAACUGUUUGUAUGUACGAUAAGAAGAUGUGUUAUUACUGUUUUUCAAACUAAUAAGGAACUCAUCAUCUUUCAUACUAAAUUUAUUUCCUUAGCAACAUAUAGAAAACGCACAAAGAAUUUUAAAAUGUCUUCGUUCAGGACUUUAACGUGUUGUUUCAUUAGUUUUAAAAUAAAUUAAAUAACAUAGUUUUACCUAGUGUUAUUUUUUGUUAUACAGUGAUUAAAUUAUCGAGUGUUUGUGAUAUUUUUCUGUGAUAAAAGUGAAUAUAUUAAAAAAAAUGGAAUUUCGGACGUAUGGCGCUAUAUCUCCGUCAAACGAACCCCUUUUAAAUACUCGUAACAAACGUAAUUCGGUGGUAGUAGUUAAUUCUAAGCUGCUCGGUAUAGAAAAACCUUCGUUUUAUUACACCUCUUACGUGUUGAUUUAUAUUGUGUUUUUGUGUUUGGGAGCUGUGGUUUUCAGUUUUUUAGAAACUUCGACGGAAAUCACUGCCAGAAUUCACCUCGAAAACAAGAUAGAGAACUUUAAAAAACUCAAUCCGAAUGUAUCAGAGGAAUCGCUUGAGGAAUUGAUGCAGGAGGUGGUCAAAGCCACGAAAAAAGGCAUAUCUGUAGGAUUCAACCAAACCGAUGAAUUCAACUGGAGUUUUGGACAAUCGUUAUUUUUUACCAGCUGUGUAGUGACGACUAUAGGAUAUGGUCGAAUAACCCCUUUAACCAGAAUUGGGAAGAUUUUCUGCAUAUUGUACGCCCUCGUGGGUAUUCCCUUAACCCUGAUAUUGUUGUCAGGAUUGGUGGAAAGAUUCCUCGUGCCGGCCUGGUGGCUAUUGAACUGGCUCAAUCUCAAACUCGAAGACCUGUAUAAUUCGUUUAACAUCAGAUUGCUACAUCUUGCAAUUAUAAUAACACUUCUGACGAUAUUUUUCUUGGUCCUACCGGCUGGUGCUUUCUACUACUUGGAAGAAGACUGGAGCUACCUCGACGCCUUGUAUUACUGUUUUAUAUCUUUAACGACAAUAGGUCUGGGAGAUUAUAUCGCAGGAGACUCGUCAGUUAUUUCACCUUAUAAAUCCUUAUACAAAAUUGUCACGACAAUUUACCUCUUCCUGGGUAUUACGAUUAUGAUGUUGACUUUAACAAUUUUCUACGAUAUUCCUCAACUAAAUCUAGGUCUGCUGUUUAGUUUAAGCGAGCAUGUUCUGGCCCGAAAAGAAAGCACAGUCUUAAGCAUAAGUGGUCGAAACAGGGCCAAUAUUUAACGUCCAGUCAAAUUUAUCUUCAAUAAAAUAUUUUAAUUUCAA